UCAAAUUCGAAUUUUUCAUUUUUUAUGAGAAAAGGAGCCUCUUUUUCUUCAUCUUCUUCUUCGAUUUCUCCAAUUGCUCUCAGAUCUCGAGGGCUUGGGAUUUCGUUGUUUUUGAUCGGAAAUCGUGAUCUUGCUGUGUUGAUCUAUGGCUGCUCCACCAGCGAGGGCACGGGCGGAUUAUGAUUAUCUCAUAAAGCUCCUCUUGAUCGGCGAUAGUGGUGUGGGUAAGAGUUGUCUUCUUUUGCGGUUCUCAGAUGGAUCCUUCACCACUAGUUUCAUUACAACAAUAGGAAUAGAUUUCAAAAUUAGAACUAUUGAGCUGGAUGGCAAACGAAUCAAAUUGCAAAUUUGGGACACUGCAGGCCAGGAGAGAUUUCGAACUAUCACGACUGCUUAUUAUCGUGGAGCUAUGGGUAUUUUGCUUGUGUAUGAUGUUACAGAUGAGUCGUCCUUUAACAACAUCAGGAACUGGAUUCGGAACAUUGAGCAGCAUGCUUCUGACAAUGUUAACAAGAUUCUUGUUGGCAACAAGGCUGAUAUGGAUGAGAGCAAACGGGCGGUCCCAACCUCAAAGGGACAAGCACUUGCUGAUGAGUAUGGCAUUCAGUUCUUUGAGACAAGUGCAAAGACUAACUUAAACGUAGAACAAGUUUUCUUCUCCAUCGCCAGGGACAUCAAGCAAAGGCUUUCAGAAUCUGAUAACAAAGCCGAGGACCGCACGAUUAAAAUUAACAAACCAGACCAGGCAACUGCCUCAGGCAAUGCUCCAGAAAGAUCAGCAUGUUGUGGUACAUCUUGAAGGAAUGGUUCGCCGGUGGUCUACUCCGGUGAUGCUAUCGAAACUAAUUCACUUCUUUACAGAUGAUUAUGUUAUUGAGAUUAGGAUACAUACGAUGAUGACGCAUGUAUUUUUAAUCCCAUCAUUCUUUGCAACUGCUUGUUCAAGUGUGUAAUUUCAGUUUGGGAAAUUGCUAUAUAGAUAGCUUUGGUUUGAGUCUACCAACACUUAGCUUUCUAGAUAUGAUUCACACUUGACAUCCUGAUGAAUGCUUGAACUACAUGUUAAAGGUUUUGGUGCAUUGCUUUAUUA